AUGGGAAAACACGGGAAACCUUGGCAACAUAUAGGUGUCCCCCCUUCUAAUAACAAUAAUAAUAAUGGAAUGGAAAAGAUACAGUCGAAACCCAAGCACGUGUCACAAGUGGAUACAUUAGUGCAACUUCUAUUGGACGCCAAUGCACCCGCUGUGGGUGUCGAUGGUACCGGUCGUGUGACUGUUUGGAACCAACGGCUCGUUGAUAUCACAGGUUUUGAGGCGAGACACGUACGGGGUCACUUUAUCUCGGACUUUGUAUACGGUGUUCAGUGGAAAGAAGAGAUCAUGGCGAUUAUUGAGGCGUGUAUUGAAGCCAAGCGACCGGAACUGGAGCUACGGAUUCCAUUGCGGAAUAUCACUGGACGAAAUGUUCAAGUGUUGACGAAUCUGACGCCGUUAUUAGCUGAAGACGGGUCAUGUGUUGGUGUUUAUGGUGUCGGUCAAGAUGUGACAGAGUGGGCGAGCCAGGAGAAACAGUACGCGACAGUGAUGAUGCAGGCGAAUGCACCAAUUAUUGAGCUGGAUAAAGAAGGAAAUAUUACAGUCUGGAAUUCCAAGACGGCGUCUAUGACGGGGUACACCAGUGUUGAUAUGGUGGGCGAACCGCUGCUGCCUGUAGUAGACGAGAGUUUCCGCAAGAUUGUGUCGGAGAAGAUCAAUCAGGCAUUGACCGGUAUUCCCGGAGCAGAUUUUGAACUGCCUCUCGUGACGGCAAGAGGAUCGAGAGUGGAGAUUGUACUGUGCUUGACGCCGAGGUUUGACACUGUAGGAUCAGUCAUGGGGGUGGUUGCUAUCGGACAAGAUGUGACGGAGAGGAACACAAAAGAGAUGGAGUACAGAAAGCUUAUUGAAACGGCUAAUGCGCCAAUUUUCGGCGUCGAUACGGAAGGACGAGUUGUGAUUUUUAAUGCCAAGGCGGCACAAAUUAGUGAAUACGAACCUGAUGAAGUCAUGGGUGCGGAUCUAGUCGAUACGCUCAUCUCGGCAGAGUUUCGGCCUGCCGUUGCUGCUGUGUUUCAGAGUGCAUUUCAGGGAACAGAGACGGCGAACUUUGAGUUCCCGUUGGUCACCAAGACUGGCCGAAAAGUGGAGAUUUUGCUGAAUGCGACACCUCGAUAUGAUCACACAGGUAAACUGGUGGGCGUCGUGGGGAUCGGACAGGACAUCACGGAUCGUAUCAUUCAGGAAAAGGAGUACAGUCGAUUGAUUGACACUGCAAACGCUCCAAUAUUCGGUGUGGACUCGAACUAUAAGGUGAUCAUUUGGAACAAGAAGGCAGCAGCCAUUACAGAGUACACCAAUGAAGACACCAUUGGCCAGGAUUUGUUCAAGUUUAUCUCCGAAGACUACCGGGAUGCUGUCGCUAAGGUGUUUUUGAAAGCUCUAGAGGGCGCUGGUACAGCAAACUUUGAUUUCCCACUGAUCACGAAAAGCGGACGCCGACUUGAAAUUUUGCUCAAUGCAACACCAAAGUACGACCACUUCGGUAAUAUUAGCGGGGCGGUGGGAAUUGGCCAGGACAUUACAGACAGACGCGCUCAAGAGCAGGAGUAUACACGUCUUAUUGAUACGGCUAACGCGCCAAUCUUUGGGGUGGACGAAAGGGGAUGCGUGAACAUCUGGAACCGUAAAGCUGCCGACACAACACAGUACUCGAACGAAGAGGUGCUUGGGGUAAAUUUGGUAGAAAACUUCAUUCCGGUCGAUUUUCAGGAGGCAGUGUGGACAGUGCUAUCCCAAGCGCUGAAGGGGCAAGAAACAGCAAAUUUUGAGUUUCCAUUGAUCACAAAGGAUGGCCGUCGCGUGGAAGUUUUGUUGAAUGCCACUUCACGCUUUAACGAGAAGGGUGUUGUGAUUGGUGUUGUAGGUAUCGGGCAGGAUAUCACCGUGCGUAUGGCUCAGGAGAAGGAAACGAACCGGCUCAUUCACUCGGCAAACGCCCCGAUAUUUGGUGUAGAUCAAGACGGACGGGUGAAUAUUUGGAAUCUGAAGGUGGCGGAAAUUACUCAAUUUUCUCCCGAAGAAGUAAUGGGAAGGGACUUAGUCGAACGGUUCGUCGCGGAAGAUCAUCGUGAGUCAGUAGGGUUGUUGCUUCGGAAUGCCCUUCAAGGAGAGCCGACUGGUAACUUUGAUUUCCCCCUCAUCACAAAAGCUGGACGCAGAGUUGAGAUUCUACUCAAUGCGACACCACGGUACGACGAGCUGGGACAAAUCUUUGGUGUUACCGGAAUAGGUCAGGACAUCACAGAGCGCAUUGCCCAGGAACAGGAGUACAUACGGCUGAUUGAUACUGCCAACGCACCCAUCUUCGGUGUGGAUAGUGAAGGCCGUGUAAAUAUUUGGAACAAGAAGGCUGCGGAGAUUAUGCAAUACACGACUGACGCAGUGAUGGGAGAGAAGCUUGUGGAAAAGUACAUUACGAAAGACUAUCAGGAGGCUGUAAGUAAUGUGCUGUCGGAGGCGUUGAACGGCGUCGAGACGGCAAACUUUGAAUUCCCAUUGAUCACAAAGACUGGUCGACGUGUUGAGAUCUUGCUGAAUGCCACACCACGAUACAAUGAGCAUGGUGUUGUCAUUGGUAUGGUUGGCAUCGGCCAAGAUAUCACAGAUCGCAUUGCGCAGGAGCAGGAGUAUACUCGUCUGAUUGACACCGCAAACGCACCGAUCUUCGGUGUGGAUAUCAAUGGAAGAGUAAACAUUUGGAACCGAAAGGCAGCCGAGACGACCCAGUACAUGAAUGCCGAGGUGCUCGGUAAGGACUUAGUUGCGGAAUUUAUCUCUGAGGAAUACAGGGGUCCUGUCCGAUGUGUGCUCAAGAAGGCGUUUCAGGGUGUUGAAACAGCCAACUUUGAGUUCCCGCUUAUCACGAAGGCGGGUCGUCGUGUAGAGAUCUUGCUAAAUGCCACGCCUCGCUACAAUGAACGUGGUGAGGUCAUGGGUAUGGUUGGUAUUGGUCAGGAUAUCACGGAGCGCAUCGCCCAAGAGCAAGAGUAUAGCCGUUUGAUCGAUACAGCCAACGCACCGAUCUUUGGUGUGGAUAUCAAUGGGCGUGUGAAUAUUUGGAAUCGGAAGGCUGCUCAUAUUAUGCAGUAUACGAAUGAGGACGUGUUAGACAAGGACCUAGUUGCCGAGUUUAUCUCGGAGGAGUACAAGGUGCCUGUGCGCAGCGUGCUUGAGAAGGCGUUCGAAGGUGUGGAGACGGCAAAUUUCGAGUUCCCAUUGAUCACGAAAGCUGGUCGUCGUGUGGAGAUUUUAUUAAAUGCAACGCCGCGCUACAAUGAGCAUGGUGAGGUCAUGGGCAUGGUUGGUAUUGGUCAAGAUAUCACGGAGCGUAUUGCUCAAGAACAAGAGUAUACGCGUUUGAUUGAUACCGCCAACGCCCCGAUCUUUGGCGUGGAUAUCAACGGCCACGUGAAUAUUUGGAAUCGGAAGGCUGCAGACAUUAUGCAGUACACCAACGAAGAUGUGCUUGGCAAAGACCUAGUCGUCGAGUUCAUCUCGAAUGAGUACAAGGUGCCUGUGCGUAGUGUUUUGGAAAAGGCCUUUGAAGGUGUUGAAACAGCCAACUUUGAGUUCCCGCUUAUCACGAAGGCGGGUCGUCGUGUAGAGAUCUUGCUAAAUGCCACGCCUCGCUACAAUGAACGUGGUGAGGUCAUGGGUAUGGUUGGUAUUGGUCAGGAUAUCACGGAGCGCAUCGCCCAAGAGCAAGAGUAUAGCCGUUUGAUCGAUACAGCCAACGCACCGAUCUUUGGUGUGGAUAUCAAUGGGCGUGUGAAUAUUUGGAAUCGGAAGGCUGCUCAUAUUAUGCAGUAUACGAAUGAGGACGUGUUAGACAAGGACCUAGUUGCCGAGUUUAUCUCGGAGGAGUACAAGGUGCCUGUGCGCAGCGUGCUUGAGAAGGCGUUCGAAGGUGUGGAGACGGCAAAUUUCGAGUUCCCAUUGAUCACGAAAGCUGGUCGUCGUGUGGAGAUUUUGUUAAAUGCAACGCCGCGCUACAAUGAGCAUGGUGAGGUCAUGGGCAUGGUUGGUAUUGGUCAAGAUAUCACGGAGCGUAUUGCUCAAGAACAAGAGUAUACGCGUUUGAUUGAUACCGCCAACGCCCCGAUCUUUGGCGUGGAUAUCAACGGCCACGUGAAUAUUUGGAAUCGGAAGGCUGCAGACAUUAUGCAGUACACCAACGAAGAUGUGCUUGGCAAAGACCUAGUCGUCGAGUUCAUCUCGAAUGAGUACAAGGUGCCUGUGCGUAGUGUUUUGGAAAAGGCCUUUGAAGGUGUUGAAACAGCCAACUUUGAGUUCCCGCUUAUCACGAAGGCGGGUCGUCGUGUAGAGAUCUUGCUAAAUGCCACGCCUCGCUACAAUGAACGUGGUGAGGUCAUGGGUAUGGUUGGUAUUGGUCAGGAUAUUACAGUGCGAAUGGCGCAAGAACAAGAAAAGAAUCGGAUGAUACAUUCGGCCAAUGCUCCAAUCUUUGGUGUAGAUCAAGAUGGACGGGUAAAUAUUUGGAAUCUGAAAGUGGCGGAAAUUACUCAGUUCGCAUCAGAAGAGGUCAUGGGAAAGGAUCUGGUGAACUGUUUUGUAGCUAAAGACCACCGCAGUGAAGUUCGUUUUAGCUUGCAAAAAGCGCUUCAAGGAGAGCCAACUGGUAACUUUGAUUUCCCCCUCAUCACAAAAGCUGGACGCAGAGUUGAGAUUCUACUCAAUGCGACACCACGGUACGACGAGCUGGGACAAAUCUUUGGUGUUACCGGAAUAGGUCAGGACAUCACAGAGCGCAUUGCCCAGGAACAGGAGUACAUACGGCUGAUUGAUACUGCCAACGCACCCAUCUUCGGUGUGGAUAGUGAAGGCCGUGUAAAUAUUUGGAACAAGAAGGCUGCGGAGAUUAUGCAAUACACGACUGACGCAGUGAUGGGAGAGAAGCUUGUGGAAAAGUACAUUACGAAAGACUAUCAGGAGGCUGUAAGUAAUGUGCUGUCGGAGGCGUUGAACGGCGUCGAGACGGCAAACUUUGAAUUCCCAUUGAUCACAAAGACUGGUCGACGUGUUGAGAUCUUGCUGAAUGCCACACCACGAUACAAUGAGCAUGGUGUUGUCAUUGGUAUGGUUGGCAUCGGCCAAGAUAUCACGGAGCGCAUUGCGCAGGAGCAGGAGUAUACUCGUCUGAUUGACACCGCAAACGCACCGAUCUUCGGUGUGGAUAUCAAUGGAAGAGUAAACAUUUGGAACCGAAAGGCAGCCGAGACGACCCAGUACAUGAAUGCCGAGGUGCUCGGUAAGGACUUAGUUGCGGAAUUUAUCUCUGAGGAAUACAGGGGUCCUGUCCGAUGUGUGCUCAAGAAGGCGUUUCAGGGUGUUGAAACAGCCAACUUUGAGUUCCCGCUUAUCACGAAGGCGGGUCGUCGUGUAGAGAUCUUGCUAAAUGCCACGCCUCGCUACAAUGAACGUGGUGAGGUCAUGGGUAUGGUUGGUAUCGGGCAGGAUAUCACGGAGCGCAUCGCCCAAGAACAAGAGUAUAGCCGUUUGAUCGAUACAGCCAACGCACCGAUCUUUGGUGUGGAUAUCAAUGGGCGUGUGAAUAUUUGGAAUCGGAAGGCUGCUCAUAUUAUGCAGUAUACGAAUGAGGACGUGUUAGACAAGGACCUAGUUGCCGAGUUUAUCUCGGAGGAGUACAAGGUGCCUGUGCGUAGUGUGCUUGAGAAGGCGUUCGAAGGUGUGGAGACGGCAAAUUUCGAGUUCCCAUUGAUCACGAAAGCUGGUCGUCGUGUGGAGAUUUUGUUAAAUGCAACGCCGCGCUACAAUGAGCAUGGUGAGGUCAUGGGCAUGGUUGGUAUUGGUCAAGAUAUCACGGAGCGUAUUGCUCAAGAACAAGAGUAUACGCGUUUGAUUGAUACCGCCAACGCCCCGAUCUUUGGCGUGGAUAUCAACGGCCACGUGAAUAUUUGGAAUCGGAAGGCUGCAGACAUUAUGCAGUACACCAACGAAGAUGUGCUUGGCAAAGACCUAGUCGUCGAGUUCAUCUCGAAUGAGUACAAGGUGCCUGUGCGUAGUGUUUUGGAAAAGGCCUUUGAAGGUGUUGAAACAGCCAACUUUGAGUUCCCGCUUAUCACGAAGGCGGGUCGUCGUGUAGAGAUCUUGCUGAAUGCCACGCCUCGCUACAAUGAACGUGGUGAGGUCAUGGGUAUGGUUGGUAUCGGUCAGGAUAUCACGGAGCGCAUCGCCCAAGAACAAGAGUAUAGCCGUUUGAUCGAUACAGCCAACGCACCGAUCUUUGGUGUGGAUAUCAAUGGGCGUGUGAAUAUUUGGAAUCGGAAGGCUGCUCAUAUUAUGCAGUAUACGAAUGAGGACGUGUUAGACAAGGACCUAGUUGCCGAGUUUAUCUCGGAGGAGUACAAGGUGCCUGUGCGUAGUGUGCUUGAGAAGGCGUUCGAAGGUGUGGAGACGGCAAAUUUCGAGUUCCCAUUGAUCACGAAAGCUGGUCGUCGUGUGGAGAUUUUAUUGAAUGCAACGCCGCGCUACAAUGAGCAUGGUGAGGUCAUGGGCAUGGUUGGUAUUGGUCAAGAUAUCACGGAGCGUAUUGCUCAAGAACAAGAGUAUACGCGUUUGAUUGAUACCGCCAACGCCCCGAUCUUUGGCGUGGAUAUCAACGGCCACGUGAAUAUUUGGAAUCGGAAGGCUGCAGACAUUAUGCAGUACACUAACGAAGAUGUGCUUGGCAAAGACCUAGUCGUCGAGUUCAUCUCGAAUGAGUACAAGGUGCCUGUGCGUAGUGUUUUGGAAAAGGCCUUUGAAGGUGUUGAAACAGCCAACUUUGAGUUCCCGCUUAUCACGAAGGCGGGUCGUCGUGUAGAGAUCUUGCUGAAUGCCACGCCUCGCUACAAUGAACGUGGUGAGGUCAUGGGUAUGGUUGGUAUCGGUCAGGAUAUCACGGAGCGCAUCGCCCAAGAACAAGAGUAUAGCCGUUUGAUCGAUACAGCCAACGCACCGAUCUUUGGUGUGGAUAUCAAUGGGCGUGUGAAUAUUUGGAAUCGGAAGGCUGCUCAUAUUAUGCAGUAUACGAAUGAGGACGUGUUAGACAAGGACCUAGUUGCCGAGUUUAUCUCGGAGGAGUACAAGGUGCCUGUGCGUAGUGUGCUUGAGAAGGCGUUCGAAGGUGUGGAGACGGCAAAUUUCGAGUUCCCAUUGAUCACGAAAGCUGGUCGUCGUGUGGAGAUUUUAUUGAAUGCAACGCCGCGCUACAAUGAGCAUGGUGAGGUCAUGGGCAUGGUUGGUAUUGGUCAAGAUAUCACGGAGCGUAUUGCUCAAGAACAAGAGUAUACGCGUUUGAUCGAUACAGCCAACGCCCCGAUCUUUGGCGUGGACACCAACAUGCGUAUUAACAUUUUCAAUCGCAAAGCUCAACAAAUUACAAAAUUUACAGCUGAUGAGGUAGUCGGAGAGAUGUAUGUCGACACGAUUAUUUCACCUGAGUUCAAAUCGGUUACGUCCAACAUUAUGGCCAAAGCGUUGCAAGGAAAUGAAACAGCAAGCUUCGAACUGGCGCUAACCACGAAAACCAGCCGAAAAGUGAACAUACUGCUGAACGCUACAGCACGGUUUGAUCAGCAUGGACAGAUCGUCGGUGUAGUGGGAAUUGGUCAGGACAUCACCGAUCGAAUUGCACAGGAGCAAGAAUAUACGAGGUUAAUCGACUCAGCCAACGCACCGAUCUUUGGAGUUGACGUGAACGGCUGCGUGAAUAUCUGGAAUAAGAAGGCUGCGGAAAUUACGCAGUACACAUCCAAUGACGUGAUGGGUGAGAAUUUGGUGGAGAAAUUCAUUACGGAAGACUAUCGUGAGGCCGUCCGGCUCGUUUUGUCAAAGGCUUGCGCAGGAACGGAGACCGCAAACUUUGAAUUCCCAUUGAUCACAAAGACUGGUCGCCGCGUUGAGAUCUUGUUGAAUGCUACGUCGCGCUUCAACGAGGUCGGUGAAGUUAUGGGAGUAGUGGGUAUCGGCCAAGAUAUCACGGAGCGCAUUGCGCAGGAGCAGGAGUAUACUCGUCUGAUUGACACCGCAAACGCACCGAUCUUCGGUGUGGAUAUCAAUGGAAGAGUAAACAUUUGGAACCGAAAGGCAGCCGAGACGACCCAGUACAUGAAUGCCGAGGUGCUCGGUAAGGACUUAGUUGCGGAAUUUAUCUCUGAGGAAUACAGGGAUCCUGUCCGAUGUGUGCUCAAGAAGGCGUUUCAGGGUGUUGAAACAGCCAACUUUGAGUUCCCGCUUAUCACGAAGGCGGGUCGUCGUGUAGAGAUCUUGCUAAAUGCCACGCCUCGCUACAAUGAACGUGGUGAGGUCAUGGGUAUGGUUGGUAUCGGUCAGGAUAUCACGGAGCGCAUCGCCCAAGAACAAGAGUAUAGCCGUUUGAUCGAUACAGCCAACGCACCGAUCUUUGGUGUGGAUAUCAAUGGGCGUGUGAAUAUUUGGAAUCGGAAGGCUGCUCAUAUUAUGCAGUAUACGAAUGAGGACGUGUUAGACAAGGACCUAGUUGCCGAGUUUAUCUCGGAGGAGUACAAGGUGCCUGUGCGCAGUGUGCUUGAGAAGGCGUUCGAAGGUGUGGAGACGGCAAAUUUCGAGUUCCCAUUGAUCACGAAAGCUGGUCGUCGUGUGGAGAUUUUAUUGAAUGCAACGCCACGCUACAAUGAGCAUGGUGAGGUCAUGGGCAUGGUUGGUAUUGGUCAAGAUAUCACGGAGCGUAUUGCUCAAGAACAAGAGUAUACGCGUUUGAUUGAUACCGCCAACGCCCCGAUCUUUGGCGUGGAUAUCAACGGCCACGUGAAUAUUUGGAAUCGGAAGGCUGCAGACAUUAUGCAGUACACCAACGAAGAUGUGCUUGGCAAAGACCUAGUCGUCGAGUUCAUCUCGAAUGAGUACAAGGUGCCUGUGCGUAGUGUUUUGGAAAAGGCCUUUGAAGGUGUUGAAACAGCCAACUUUGAGUUCCCGCUUAUCACGAAGGCGGGUCGUCGUGUAGAGAUCUUGCUGAAUGCCACGCCUCGCUACAAUGAACGUGGUGAGGUCAUGGGUAUGGUUGGUAUUGGUCAGGAUAUCACGGAGCGCAUCGCCCAAGAGCAAGAGUAUAGCCGUUUGAUCGAUACAGCCAACGCACCGAUCUUUGGUGUGGAUAUCAAUGGGCGUGUAAAUAUUUGGAAUCGGAAGGCUGCUCAUAUUAUGCAGUAUACGAAUGAGGACGUGUUAGACAAGGACCUAGUUGCCGAGUUUAUCUCGGAGGAGUACAAGGUGCCUGUGCGCAGCGUGCUUGAGAAGGCGUUCGAAGGUGUGGAGACGGCAAAUUUCGAGUUCCCAUUGAUCACGAAAGCUGGUCGUCGUGUGGAGAUUUUAUUGAAUGCAACGCCGCGCUACAAUGAGCAUGGUGAAGUAAAGGGUAUGGUUGGUAUUGGUCAAGAUAUCACGGAACGCAUCGCUCAAGAACAAGAGUAUACGCGUUUGAUCGACACAGCCAACGCCCCGAUCUUUGGCGUGGAUACGAACAUGUGUGUCAAUAUCUGGAAUCGGAAAGCGGCACAGAUCACGAACUACUCGAUUGGAGAAGUUAUGGGCGAAAAUCUCGUAGAAACUUUUAUAUCUCCCGAGUUCCGACCUAUUGUCGCUGAAGUGUUAUCGCAAGCUCUUACAGGAGUUGAGACAGCGAACUUCGAGUUCCCACUGAUUACUCGGCCAGGCACGAGAAUCGAGAUUUUGCUGAAUGCAACACCAAGGUAUGACUUGAACGGCAACAUUGUCGGUGUUGUCGGUAUUGGCCAAGACAUUACGGACCGCAUCGCCCAAGAGCACGAGUACUUUCGACUGAUUGAUACUGCAAACGCUCCGAUUUUUGGUAUCGAUACAAAUGGUCGCAUAAACGAGUGGAAUCAGAAGAUCGAAGAGAUCACAGGCUAUCAUAAGUCAAGCGUACUGGGGCUUUCACUGGUUCACACAUUCGUCACCCCAGAAAGUAGACAUCAAGUUCGCCAACUGCUAAAUCAAGCGCUGAUUGGUAUUGAUGUCGGUGAGAUGGAGCUUCCGAUGACAACGAAGCGUGGCGUUUUCCUGCUGCUUCUUGUGAAUGCUUCAAGCAAAAAAGAUAUGCACGGAAACAUUCGUGGUGUGAUCGGCGUAGGACAAGAUUACACGGCGAGGAAGCAUAUGGAGGCAGCUAAGGUGAAUUUCUUGGCCUCUUUUAGUCACGAACUACGGACACCGCUGAAUGGUGUAUUGGGAAUGCUAGAGCUGCUGAAAGAGCAAUCUCUUGAAAAAUCCGUUGAGAGAUAUGUGCACAUAGCAUACGUAUCUGGGUCUCUUUUGCUGAACUUAAUUAACGAUAUCCUGGACUUGUCAAAAAUCGAGGCCGGGCAUUUAGAAAUAUCGACGGCGCCGUUCCAGAUGCAUGACUUGCUGGACUAUUCAAUCGAAAUAUUCAAGUUUAAAGCUCGAGAACGAAAGCUACAGCUUGAGCUGAAGUGCGGUGAUAAUGUACCAAAGGCCGUGAUUGGUGACGUCGUGCGCUUGCGUCAAGUCUUGUUGAACUUGCUAUCAAACGCAAUCAAGUUUACGAACGAAGGCACGAUCACGGUCGCAUGCAGCGUGGUGCAAUCUCCUGAGUUGCCACAACAAUUUAAGAAAUUGCUUUUUCAAGUUAUUGACACUGGCAUUGGUAUGGAUGCAGAAGAAAAGACGCGUCUCUUUUCCUUGUUUACGAAACUGGAACGCACACGGCAGGAGAACCCGACGGGCUCUGGGUUGGGUCUUGCUAUAUGCAAGCAGCUUGCGGAGCUUAUGGACGGGUCCAUUGAUGUUGAUAGUGAGUUGGGUGUUGGUAGCAAUUUCUUCUUCACAGUUGUGGUAAGGUUGAUUGACGAAGUAGACCCAAAGAACGCUUAUUAUUUGUCAGAAGACUGCCAGGAUCAAUCAGUGGCAAAAUUGUCACCUGAUACUGCUGUGCACGCUGGAGAAAAUGGCAAAAACUCACCGGCGCGAGUAGAGGUCCCAACCCAGGCGCGAAUUUUAGUCGUUGAAGAUAACGAGUUUAAUUGGGAAGUGGUGAAAUGCUUUCUUCAGCAAGACGAUCACUUGCUGCAGUGGGAAGUUAAUGGUCGCGAUGCUGUGAAGGCUUACAGCGAAAACAACACAGAGUUCGAUUUAAUCUUCAUGGAUUGCGAAAUGCCCAUUAUGGACGGCUAUACAGCUACUGCUAGGAUUCGCGAAUACGAAGAGGCACAUAACCUUCCACGCAUCCCAAUUCUAGGCUUAACUGCGUACGCCAUGAGUGGCGAUCGACAAAAGUGCCUUGACUGUGGUAUGGAUGAGUUCAUGGUGAAGCCCAUCUCAAAGCUGAGUCUUCGUAAAGCAAUUCGGCAAUGGAUGCGCAUCCGCUAUCUUGGCCAGCACACCGUUGCUCUAGGAGCUCCGGCACAGGUUCUUGGUUCCACAAAUGAAUCGCAUAAGUCAGUAACCCUUCGAAAUGAGACUCGUCCUACAGUUAAAAGCCCAGCGCGGAUCUUCAUGCCAUCGGCAGGCGCCCCGGCUCCGGUGGCAUCAUUUAUAAGUGACCUCAAGGAUGUUACACUUAUGGACGCGGUAUCAACGUCCAGACUUGCACCUGCAUCACGCCACAUGCAACAACUGGAUCUUGCUCAGGCCAUUUCGAAUCUGGAGCUCGAUGAUCCGAUGUCGAUUGGUCUUCAAAGUGGUCGAGCUGUUCGAACUGCCACACCGACGACGUCGAUCUUCAGCUUGGGUCCUUCUGUCAACAGCAAUGCUUCGCGGACGGCAAACUCAAACGACUUACCGGAUUUACUCAGAUUAUCGAGGAACACUAGUGGUGCUUCUACAACACCGAGCCCGCCGGAGCCUGCGAAACAACCGUCUGAGACGUCAGCUACGCUGCCUUGCCUUAAGACACAAUUUGGUGGGGCCCUAGCUCCAGGUGAUGCGCGGUCUUCAUUGCCAGCAAACCCAACGCUCUGGAGUCACCCGCCGUUUUACAAGAAUGAUCUACCGACUGAAGAACAGGAAUCCUGGCCUGGGCUCGUGCCUAAAAAGAAAGUCAGCUUCCAUGAGGAUUUUGAUUGUGGAUGGAGCCAUCCGAGCCGAUCGGGUCAAAGUAGCCGAUCAGUAGCUGUGGUCUCACAUUCGACCCACCCGAUGAGCAUUGAGAUCCCUGAAGGAGACCCUGUAAAUUACUCACUAGGAGUGGAUCAAUGUGGAGGGCAUGAAGAGCUAUUUUUGACGCUGUUGGAGAAGUUUGCUACAACAUCGGAAGCUAUCACGUCCCGGAUUGUCAAGGCACACGAACGUAACGAUUUUGCUACCGCUCGCCGUGAAGCUCAUUCACUGAAGGGAUCAUCUGCCUAUGUCGCUGCUCUUCGAGUAUCCAAGUGCGCUUUUCGAGUUCAAGUUGCGUACGAAUACCUGACGGCGCAGCAAGCAAAUGGCGAAGGCUCGGACACGUUAGCUGCAAAGCAAAUUGUAGACGACUCCGUACGAUUGCUCACGAAAGAGCAGCGCUUGUUACGUGGAUAUAUUGGACGCAACUUUGAGUUUCAGUCUAGAUCCGGACCGUUUCAAGUAUCGCCAGUCGAUCAUUCGGACGAUGAAGAUAAACAAACUGGUCCGUGUUGUCUUAUGUAA